GUGGCGGCUCUUGCCUGGGCUGUUUCCCGGCUGCAUUCUCUCCACUUCGCUCCACACCCAGGGCGCUCCGAGGUGCUAUUGCCGCCUCCCUCACCUCUGCAGCCAUGAUCUCGUUAACGGACACACAGAAAAUUGGAAUGGGAUUAACAGGAUUUGGCGUGUUCUUCCUAUUCUUUGGAAUGAUCCUCUUUUUUGACAAAGCACUACUGGCUAUUGGAAAUGUUUUAUUUGUGGCUGGCUUGGCUUUUGUAAUUGGUUUAGAAAGAACAUUCAGAUUCUUCUUCCAAAAACAUAAAGUGAAAGCUACAGGAUUUUUCCUGGGUGGUGUGUUUGUGGUCCUGAUUGGUUCGCCUUUGAUAGGCAUGAUCUUUGAAAUUUAUGGAUUCUUUCUCUUGUUCAGGGGCUUCUUUCCUGUGGUUGUUGGCUUUAUUAGAAGAGUGCCAGUCCUUGGAUCCCUCUUGAACUUACCUGGAAUUAGAUCGUUUGUAGAUAAAGUCGGAGAGAGCAACAAUAUGGUGUAACAACCAUUGAAUUGAAGACUCAUUUAAAAUAUUGUAUUAUUUAUAAAAUCCUUUGAAGAAUAUUCAGCACAAAAUUAAAUUACCUGAAAUAGCUUGUAAUGUUCUUUACAGAAGUUUAAAAGGUAUAGCCUACAAAGUACCAACAACAGUUAACAAAGAAGCGAUGAAAACAGGCUUCUAACCAAGUCAUCUAAGAGGUCAGCAAGCAAACCGAAGGAGGUGAAAUCUAUGUUACAUGCAUAUUGAAACUUUUAAAGGCCAUUUUUAUUAUUUUCCCACAAUGUGUGAAACACAGCCAUCCAUAGUGAACUGUAUGUAAUCCCUAUUUCUUUCCUUCUUAUGUUCAGGAUGCAAGCAUAUCCAUAGGCAUUUCCUUUUUAGAAGUGUCCACUGCAAUGGCAAAAAUAUUUCCAGUUGCACUGUGUCUCUGAAAAUGAUGCAUGAGUUAGAUUGGAUUAUGUCAUUUUAAUCUAUUAAAACCAGGAAAACCCAGUGUUGAUGUAUGAAUCCCUUUUUUUUUUUUUGGUAAGAAUAUGGUUAAAAUAAAACUUUCAUGGUUCUUCUGAAUCUUAAUAUUUUAAAACCAGAUAAAAAUCCGACCUAGAUAUUCUUUGUUGGAAUGUUGCAAAGGUCAUUCUUUACUAUCGUACAGUUUCUAAGUUACAGCUUACUCAGCAUUUUUUCCUUCAGCAACACACUCUGGAAAUCCUUAUA